AUGAAAAAUAUAACAUGGACAAGGGGGUAUCUGAUCCAAGAUUAGCACUCCUAAUCUGAGACAAUUGAAAUUUACGCAGCCCAAUUCUGAUAUUUUUUUUUACUAAUUGGUCUUUUGAUCGAUCAGAUCAGGUCUGAAAAAGAUCUGAUGUCAAAACACAGCCAUACUGCCCCAGAUUUUCUGAUGGUUUCUUUUUAAUAUGCUGUAUGCAUGGGUUCAACCCAAUUCAUCACGUUACGAAACUAAGAGGAGACCUUUGGUCGGUUCUUGGACCAGUCCUUCAGAUAUUGUUAAUAAUUAACUCUUUCAGUGAUCUAGUACUAGUGCAGCUCAGUACAAAGCCUGUUGUUGAUCUAUUGCUCAGUGAUCAGUUGGAAUAGGGUUUUUAUCUGAGUAAGAAGACCGAACUCAUCAGGCUUUUGUAUUUUCCCACAUCAAUCACAACAAGGAAAGCACCUCAUAGUAAAGCAAGUUCCUGAUCCCUCCCUCUCCCGUCCCAUCUCCAGGGGACUUCUUAUUGGUUCUGACACACCACACAGCUCUCUUUGACCCUAUGUAACCCUGGCUCCCUUCAUAAACAGCCUCAUUCGCAAACACACAUUCCCAUGAAGCCACUGCGCCGCCCCUUCCUCUCUCUAUCUGGGGCCUGUCUCAUACUAGCCUGGCCAAGCACCUAGUGGUUUCCCUGGAACUGGCCCUAUGAAGAAAGAGAAUCUCCUGCGAUGAAUGAGGUAGUGUGUGUGUGAUCACAUUCCUUAACGUAGCCUCCACAACCCAGUGAGAAAGAAAGCUUGCAUGAGUUUAUUAAAAUCCGUAAGAAAAACAGGUCUCUUUCUGGGCUGGAGAAUACCGUUGUAAACCCUGUUUUCUCCUGUAGUAUAGCUCAGUGGCAUGGCCUGUCAUCUGUUUGAAGGUAAGGAGCAUGCUGCCUCCUACUGGAAAUACAGUCUCAGCUCAUUGAAGAGGUCAUGUUCUUCCUGAAGAGAACAAUCCUAGUGAAGGAGCAGAUCAGUCUCUGUGUCUGUGUCUCUGCUGAGUCACUGCAAGCUGGAAGGAGCACUAGGCUAGCGGAGCAGACGACAGCAGAGCACCAUAACCUACCGGAUGUUUGAGGAGAAACACCAUGCCUCCAUCUACCAGAGGUACCGCUUUGUACCCCCAGAGGAGAUCAGAGACAUCAUCCUGCAUUACCUGGAAAGGAAGAAAGUCCAGCCUCAUGCCCUAGCUGUGGACCUGGGCUGUGGGACAGGGCAGAACUCACGCCUGAUGGCCCCACACUUCCAGGAGGUGGUGGGCAUCGACAUCAGCGAGUGCCAACUGGAGGAGGCCAGGGCAGUGACAGGGUUCAACAACAUCACCUACAGGAAAGGGACAGCUGAGGAGCUGCCGUUUCCGGAUGCUUCUGUGGACCUACUGACUGCAGCCUCAGCGGCCCAUUGGUUUGACCAGCAGCGGUUCCUCUUGGAGGCAGGCCGGGUCCUGAAGCCUUGUGGCUGCAUGGCUCUGCUUGGCUUUGCUGAUAACUUCAGACUCCAUUACGGCUCAUGUGGGGACAGACUCACUGACAUCUGUGAUGAGUUCAAGAAGGUGCUGUUACCAUACACCAGCACACGGGUAGCAGUGGCCAACACCAAACUACAGGAGCUUUACACUGCUAUCCCCUUCCCUGACAAAGAGAGAAUUGAGUGUAUCCCACUGAAGCAGCAGAUCUCAGUGAGGAACAUAGUGGGCUUCAUGGAGUCCUUCUCCAUGUACCAGGCCUUACAGAGGGCCGAGCCUGAUGCUGCCACCGCACUGCUGCAGAGAACACUUGACAGGUUUCUGAAGGAGAUGGGAGUCACAUCACCAGACACACUCAUGGAAGUGACGCUGGAGUAUUUCUGUGUCCUGGCGUCUAAACCGGAGUGAACACUCUUUACAGUGUGAAUGUGUUUGUGUGUAGACAGAUGUUUCUUAAGCUUGUGUUUAGGCUUGUGUGAAUCAUGUUCAAGCUGUUACUAGGAAUGUUAUUCUGUUCACAUAAGAUGUCAUUGAAGUCCCUUUGGUUUUGUCUGCUCUUUUCUAUUAUACAUUGUAAUGUAGAGCAAACUAUUCACCUUAGUCACAUCAUUAUCAAAAUGCUUGCCACAUUUAGUAUCUUCCUUGCCUGAGAUUGACAAUAAAAUGUGUCUGUAGACACAAUUGUAAA